AUGCGAUUACCAGUCGUAAAAUUAACAGAUGGAUCCUCCGGUGGCGGCUCUGUCAGCACGAUAAAGAAAACCGGCUACUCAUACAUCCCAAUGGCGCAGAUUCCACCUGUUCUUGCGAACGAUGACCCUGUCGGCCGGCUAUGUCCUGAGCUACGGACUAUCAUUCCUCGACGGAGAGUGAGGAUGUAUAAUUCAAGGGCUAUCAUCAAAUGCGUCUUUGAUGCCAGUAUCUGGUUUGAGAUCGGUACACUAUGGGGAAGAACCGUCAUUGUUGGCCUUGCACGACUCGGAGGAAGACCAGUAGGCGUGAUAUCUACCGAUUGUGAAGUCAACGGUGGUGCUAUCGAUUCAAGUGGUUCGCAGAAAUUAACACGUCAUCUGAAGCUCUGCGAUGUAAUGAACCUCCCUAUAGUCCAAUUAGUCGAUGUACCAGGAUACGCCAUAGGGACGAUGGCCGAAAAGAAAGAAUUGGAGGAUGAGUACCUCCGGUUGAUGAAUCCAAUCCGCACAGCCAACCCUUUUGGGGUGGAAGAGAUCAUCGACCCGGCUCAGCCACGGAAGAUUGCAGCUGCAUGGGCUGCUCAGGUAUAUGACGAACUUCUUCCAGCGAGAAUUCUGGACAGAAAUUCCGGGAAGAUCAGACCUACUUUUACUUGA